UAUGGUGUAUUCGAAACGUUAGUACACCGAGUAGAGAAUAGGCGGCGCCUAAACGUACGAGACGCCCGCGUUUUAGAACAUUGCUCUGGGCCUUGUGAUGGCUUAUAAAAAGAAGACCUUCAUGAUCUCUUUCUCAUUAUUACGAUCUCUUCGGAUCAACUCUGAUUCUAUCGUCUCUUCUCCCCACAACCCUAAAAUCGCAACGCUCUGCAAAUCUCUUGCAAUUCUCUCUUUCAAGAUGCAAAUUUUCGUGAAAACACUCACUGGCAAGACCAUUACUCUCGAGGUUGAGAGCUCUGACACCAUCGACAAUGUUAAGGCAAAGAUCCAGGACAAGGAAGGGAUUCCUCCGGAUCAGCAAAGAUUGAUCUUUGCUGGUAAACAGCUAGAGGAUGGUCGUACCUUGGCAGAUUACAACAUCCAGAAAGAAUCAACACUUCACUUGGUUCUUCGUUUAAGAGGUGGUAUGCAGAUCUUUGUGAAGACGUUGACUGGUAAAACCAUCACUCUCGAGGUUGAGAGUUCGGAUACUAUUGACAAUGUUAAAGCUAAGAUCCAGGAUAAAGAGGGGAUCCCACCGGAUCAGCAGAGGCUUAUCUUUGCCGGUAAGCAGCUUGAGGAUGGUCAUACACUCGCUGACUACAAUAUCCAGAAAGAGUCCACUCUCCACUUGGUGCUUCGUCUUCGUGGUGGUAUGCAGAUUUUUGUGAAGACCCUUACUGGAAAGACCAUUACUUUGGAGGUUGAGAGCUCGGACACUAUCGAUAAUGUCAAGGCUAAGAUUCAGGAUAAGGAAGGGAUCCCACCAGACCAGCAGAGACUCAUCUUUGCAGGUAAACAGCUUGAAGAUGGACGCACCCUUGCCGAUUACAACAUCCAGAAGGAAUCAACCCUUCACCUUGUGUUGCGUCUCCGUGGUGGUAUGCAAAUCUUUGUGAAAACUUUGACAGGGAAGACUAUCACGUUGGAGGUUGAGAGCUCCGACACUAUUGACAAUGUCAAGGCCAAGAUUCAGGACAAGGAAGGGAUUCCACCAGACCAACAGAGACUCAUCUUCGCUGGAAAACAGCUUGAGGAUGGUCGGACUCUUGCAGAUUACAACAUCCAAAAGGAGUCGACUCUCCAUCUUGUGCUUCGUCUUCGUGGGGGUAUGCAAAUCUUUGUCAAGACUUUGACUGGUAAGACGAUCACCUUGGAGGUAGAGAGCUCAGACACAAUCGAUAACGUCAAGGCCAAGAUUCAGGAUAAGGAAGGGAUCCCUCCGGACCAACAGAGACUCAUCUUCGCUGGGAAACAGCUGGAGGAUGGUCGGACUCUUGCGGAUUACAACAUCCAGAAGGAGUCUACUCUUCACUUGGUUCUUCGUCUCCGUGGUGGUGGAUACUUCUGAGCUUAUGGUCAGUAGUCAAAACUGGUGUUGUUUAUUGAGAGACUCGUGCACUUGGAAGGUGAUUUCUGCAAAAGAUAAAAAAGACUUUUCUCUAUCGCCUGUUAUGUUUUCGUUAUAUGUACUUUUGUCGUAAACCUUUCCGGUUGGGCUCUUAAUGUGUCAAGUUUUAAUAAUAAUCCAAGUGCACGUUUUAAAAAAUUGUUUUGUGAUUUCA